GCCGUCAGCCGGUGGUGCGCGCGCAGCUGUCGAGUCAGUCCUGGAGCGACCUCUGCCUGGCCAGGCCCGCCCCCGCGCGUCACAGUCAUGGCGGCCUCUCUUCUGCUGCGGCAAGGACGGUCGGGGGCAAUGAAGACUAUGCUCCUAGACGCACGAGUGUUUCGAGGACUUGCUCCCUCGGUGUCUCUCUCUGCGGAAUCAGGGAAGAGCGAAAAGGGACUGCCACCAAAUCCCAAGAAGCAAAGUCCACCAAAAAAUGUAGUGGAACCAAAGGAGAGGGGCCAACUCGUAGCCACCCCGACAGCAGCCGAAUUGUCUAAAAACUUGUCUUCACCCCGUGCUCACCCGUCAGUUGUGAGUCCGGGCGGGCUGGUAGCUGGCCCCGGCCCCGAAGGCAGCAUGCUAUUCACAGCCGAAGGGGCUCCAGAGUUCCGGUCGCAAAAGACUGUCGUAGAGACGCCUCAGAAAGUUCCGUCUCCACUCAGGAAGCAGGGCACGGAUGCAAAAGCUCUUAGGGAGAGCAGGGGAGAUGGUUCAUCUUCAUCGUCCUCUUCGUCCAGCUCCUCCGAUUCCGACUCCGAGGGGGAGGGGGAGAGCUCCACAGCUGACCCCCAGGGGACGAGCAGGGGCAGAGGAGGGCCUCCCAGACUGCAGGCGUCCUGCCGCCUCGAAGAUGGAGCCCCCAGAGUUGCGGUAGCCGCCAAAGAGCAGCCCCGCUCGCAGCCAGAUGUCCCCCCUCCCGACGGGCCCCGUCCGGCCAAGAAGAAAGGAGGCACCAUCAAGCUGCCAGAGGACAGAAAAGACACAAAACGCAAAACCACAACACCCAAGUCACCAGCAGAUAAAGAGUUUAUGAAACAAAACGUCAAGGAAAAGCAACUCCAGAAAAUCGUUAGAUCAAGUGAAACCGAUAAAGAAGGCCAGAGGCUGCCCAAAGUCGAAGAAGUCCCGCCUGCUCAUACAGAGUCAGGAUGGUCUACGCAGCCGGCCGGCGGCCCAGCGCCCGUUCAGUGGCGGGAAAGAACCGGGACAGCAAGACCGCCGCCAGCUGCUCCUGAGGCCAGCGAGAGACACCGGGGCCGACACGCAGCGGAGCGUGGUGGGGAGGUGGCUUUUCCCCUGUUCGGCAAAGUAAAUUUGGGGGCGCAGGUGAUAGAGGGAUCCCUGAAGGCCGCGGGAGAGACUCUGGAAGGUCAGGCGCCCGUCCGAAGUUUGAAGCCGGUUCCUGCUCCUAGCGAAGGCGAUUUCCAGGACAAGGCCUCGGGCCCAGAGCCUGAGGGCGGGGCCGGGAUGGCGGAAGACCCUGCCCCUCCAGGAGGGCUGGACGGCACCCAGGAGUCCGCUCAAGCCGCCAGCGCCUCCGAGCCACUGGACAACGCCACCUACAAGAACCUGCAGCACCACGACUAUACCCCGUACACCUUCUUAGACCUCAACCUGGACCUGUCCAAGUUCAGGAUGCCCCAGCCCUCGUCAGGACGGGAGUCCCCUCGCCACUGAGCGCCCCCUUCAGAGAGUAACUUCCCGUUGUCUGGGCUACAGAAAUAAAAUCCGCCCCGGUCGUGA